GCGUUUUGUCCAAAGCUAACAAAAUAGCAAGAGUAAAACAGAGCAAAAAAAAAUGGCAGCUCAUGGAUCAUCUUGUGGAGCAUGCAAGUUCCUAAGGAGGAAAUGCAACAUUGAUUGCGUCUUCUCGCCUUACUUCAGCUACGAGCAGGCCUCAUCUCACUUUGCAGCGGUCCACAAAGUCUUUGGCGCAAGUAAUGUCUCAAAGCAUUUGCUUAGUUUGCCUCUACAUCAAAGAAGCGCAGCUGCGAUCACUAUCUCCUACGAGGCUCUCUCUCGCAUGUGUGAUCCUGUUUAUGGCUGCGUCGCCCACAUCUUCGCUCUUCAGCAACAGGUCAUGACUUUGCAAGUGGAGAUCGAGUUUCUUGGGACGCAUAUGGCGAACUUAUCCAACACUACUCAGAGCCGGUCACAACCUAACGACAUGCCCGAGUUUCUGAAUCAGAUGACAAUGGACACUACGACCGGUUUCAUCGACCAGACAGUUUUGCACAACGACGUUGGAAUAAACUGCAUUGAAGGGUUCUUCACAAACCCGGAGGAAGUGCUCGUGAAUCAUCCAUGGUUUCAGAACAUGGAUCACUAUUACUACGCACCACAACAUUAGACGUGAACUAAAAAUGAUCAAUCACAUAUAAGAGAAUGCGCCGUUUUUACAUAUGCCAUGGUUUUUUGCCACGAGCCAUUAUAUUUUGGCCACGUUUUCUAAAUUGUAUGCAAUCUGUUAAGGUUAAUUAGAUCUUGGAAUCCAAUUACAAUUGGAUUAUAAAAAAAAAUAUGCAUUUCGGUGAUGUCACUCCCUAAGUCAAUAGUAUGACGUUAGUGUUUCAUUUGGGUCUAUGUAAAAUGUUUGUUUAGCAUGCAUUCCUCAGUCAAGUUCUAAUUAAUGUGAUAUAUUAA